AUGUUUGAUGAAGCUGUUAUUAUCGUAGGUGCCGGUGUGUCGGGACUUUCCACCGCUUAUGCCCUCCUAAAAAGAGGAUAUAGAAACGUCCACAUCUUCGACAAAAGAGACUACGUGCAUCUUGGAUAUAACUAUUUCAAAGGAUGUGACAGCCCAAGCUCAGAUAUGAACAAGAUUUUUCGAGCUGCGUAUGGGGAACAGACGCAUUAUCAGAAAAUGUCACUGGACAGCAGAAAGAUCUUUUUAGAAUGGAACCAAAGAAUCAAAGAUUGCGAUUUCGAAGGUGGCCAGCCCAUUUACUUUAAUAGCGGUAAUGUUCAUCUCACAAGCCAUCACACUCUACCUCCCUUCGAACAGCUUACACUGCAGAACAUGAGUUCCUCUCAGGCCAUUUGUGUGUCUGACGUGGAUGCGACUGAAAGGGCUCGUGCUAUAGGACAGCCAGCCUCAUCGGUGGAUCCUUUUGAGAUGAAGCGGCGUGGAAAGCACCUCCAGGGCGUACUUGACACCACAGGUGGUAUGAUAGUUGCAGACAAAGCAUGUAGAUGGGUUUUGCAUCUGUGUCGCACAGAAUUCGCUGCUUCGUUCCACACGCAUUUUGGGCCAUGGCAGGGCGCGAUCGACCAUCUUUUGGUGGAUUACGUCAAGGGUACAAUUGAAAAGAAAUGCAUGGGGAUCAAAACUCGCGACGGGCAGCUCCAUGUCGCGAAUUUGACUAUCACGGCCUGUGGACCAUGGACGACAGAAGUAGUCCCUGAAGCUGCGGAGAAAGUGGAAGCAACAGGCGGUACCGUGGCUUUAAUGAAAAUUACGGAUCCCAAAGCAUUGGAAAAGUAUAGCGAGGAGAAGUUUCCAACAUGGACCUUCGACGUUAGGGAAAAGGGUAUCGGAGGCCUUUAUGGUUUUCCUGUGAGAAACGGGUUCAUGAAGAUUGGAUACAGAGGUUUGAAAUGGACGAAUCCAACCAAAAUGCUCAACUCAAAGGUCAAGACUGCUUUUAGUGAUGAUCCAGAGGAAAACGUACCGUUAUUUGGGUUGAAGUUAAUCAAGCAAUUCAUCAAGGAGCAUAUUCCAGAGGUCAAGAAACUAGACAAAACCAGACUAUGUUGGUAUUCGGACAGCGAGGACAACGACUUUUUGAUAUCUUACUGUCCUUUCUAUGCAAAUAGAUCUCUUUUCACCAUUGCUGGUGACUCCGGCCACGCAUUUAUGAUGUUUGGCAGUAUUGGUGAUGUCAUCGCUGAUAUCAUCGAGGAGACCAACGAGAAUGCUUUCCUUAAGGAACUUUUCUCCUGGCAACGCAAGAGAGAACCGCUGAAUGCCAUUAACAAAGGUGUAGACGAUCCACGGGCCUUAUGCAACCAGCUCAUGGCCACCGAAAGCGACUGGGUUGUUAGAGAGACAUGUAAGCUAUAA